AUGGCGGCGGAAGGGGAGGAGCGGCCCGUGAGCCUGCUGCACCGCAGUGUGGCGGCGGCGGGGGCCUCCGUGGUGUCUGCAUUCGUCGUCAACCCGCUGGACGUCGUCAAGACGCGCAUCCAGGCUCAGGGUGCCUUUGGGCUCGACAAGAAGAUGCUGGCCCAGUCGGAUACGCUGCUGGAGAAGUGGUCCUUUGCUGCCUGCGAGUGCUUCCGCGUGCAGCCGCCGGCGGCAGCCGUGCGCGGCGCCGCGGCCUGCGGCCCCGCCUGCACCAGCACCGCCGCGCUGGCGGCGCCGCUGUACAGCGGAACCCUCGACGGCCUGCGCAAGAUUGCGGCGCGGGAGGGGGUGGGGGUGCUGUGGCGGGGCACCGAUGUGGCGCUCAUGAUGGCCAUCCCUAUGGUCGGCAUCUACCUGCCCCUGUACGACUACCUCCUGCAGCAGCUGCAGCAGGAGCAGGCGGGCGCCGCAGCACCGCUGGCGGCAGGCACCCUGGCCCGUACUGCCGCCGUGUACUGCACAGCGCCCUUCGAGCUCGCGCGCACGCGGCUGCAGGCCGCGCACAGCCACGCGGCGGCGCCGGCGGCCGCGGUAGCAGCAGAUGCGGGGCGGGGCGGGCGAGCAUCGGUGCUGCUGCAGCACAUGCCCAGCGGCGACCCGGGGGGCAGCCGGCUGCGCGCCGCGGGGCGCAUGUGGACGGGCGUGGGGGCCACGCUGGCCCGAGACGUUCCCUUCUCAGCUCUGUACUGGGGCAUGGUGGAGCCGAUCCGCGCUGCGCUGCUGCCGCCGGCGCACGGCGCCAGCGCCACCGAGUGGGAGGUCUUCUCGGCCAACGUGACGGCCGGCGCCGUGGCGGGCGGCCUGGCGGGCGCCAUCACCACGCCCUUUGACGUCCUGAAGACGCGCACGCAGCUGCAGGCGGCUGACAGCGGGCACCCCAUGCUGACCAGCCUGCGCGGCAUUGCGCGCCACGAGGGCGUGGCGGCGCUGUUCCGCGGCUGGAGCGCUCGCUCGGCCAAGGCCGCCCCGGCCUGCGCCAUCGUGCUGAGCAGCUACGAGCUGAUCAAGCACCUGUCCUGA